AUGAUUAUUAAUCUUUCACAUAUAUUAUUAUCAAAGAUAAUUAGUUAUCUUGAAGAUAACAUAGAUAGAUUAUGUGUCAGUUUAGUUUGUAAAAGAUGGUUUGAUGAAAGAGAUAAAUAUCUAUAUUUUAAUACUGAUCGUAUAAAUAUCAAUCUUUGUAAAGAUAUUGAUGAUCAUCACGAUCACUCUAAUAAUGAAUCAGAGAUAGAAGAGAAACAAUAUAAUAUUAAGUGUUUAUUUUCAUUAGAAUCAUAUCGAUCAUCAAUACUCAGAUCACUCAAUCAAAAGAAUAAUUGUACUUUGGCAUAUAGCAGAGAUUUUUACCUAUCAGACUAUUCAGUAAAUCCAUAUAGUUAUCCUGAAGAUGAUAGAAUUAUAUCGAAUAUCACUAAAGUAAUUUUAGAUGAACAACUUGAUAAUAAAUAUUUAAAGGAAAUCUAUGGAAUGAUAUCGAUUUCAAAUGUGUCCACACUGAAAGGAAUUACAAGUUUAUCUAGUGUAUUACCUGUGAAUUUGACAUCGAUAACAUUUCAUGAGGAAUUCGAUGAAGUAUUGUUGGCAGGUUAUCUUCCACCGAAACUAGAGAAACUGAAAUUCGAAUGGAAUUCAGAGUUUAAUCAAGUGAUCGCAGCAGGUGUUCUUCCAAAUACAUUGAAGAAACUAAGAUUUGGUGACGACUUCAAUCAACAACUCGAACCUCAUGUAUUACCAUCAUCAUUAACAUAUUUAAAAUUGGGAGGUGAAUACACUCAAACACUUCAAGUUGGAUCACUUCCUCCAAAUCUUAGAGCUCUUAAUUGCUAUUGUAUUUGUAUGAUAUCAGAUGGAGUAUUACCACAAUCACUUUGCACAUUAACUGAAUCACCUUUAUCAUGGAUUCCAUUCAUCAAAUCACUGAACAAUCUCACAACACUUUCACUCUAUAAUAAAAAAAAUGAUGAUUCGAAUUCCACAUUAAAUUUGGCAGAUCUACCUACUUCUCUCACAAGUUUAAGUAUCGAUACUUCGUGUCGUCUCAUCUCAUCUCUAUCACCCUCAAUCAGAUUUCUCGAUAUACAUCUUACUGAUUAUGAUAUCGAUGAGAUAUUCAAAGAUCGAUCACAAUAUCAUUUCGAAAGACUAUGUGUCGAUGGACUGAAACAAGAAUCACUUGACAAUCUGAAGAUCAAAGAGUUGAAACUACAAUUUUUAACCAAUGAAUCUAUUAUCAGAGAUAUUCCAUUUGGUGUGGAAACUUUAGAUUUUGGAUACGAUAUAUAUCAUUUUCAAAUAAUAAAAAGAAUUCCUAAUGGCGUCCCAUUAUCAGUGAAGAAGAUCAUAUUUCAAUUCAAUACAACAAUCAAUCAACUUGAUUUCGAAAUUCCAAACAGUGUCGAAGAAGUCGUGAUAAAAUAUUAUUAUUUGAAAUAUCAAUUCCCGAGCAAAUUGAUUCCAAACUCUGUUAGAUCAAUGACUGUUCCUUCCGAAAUGAUUCCAAAUGUCGAUAUUUUCGAUAUACCUAAAUCAGUAACCAGCCUGUGUUUUAUUGAUAGCUAUCAAAAAGUAGAUCUCCAUGUUCGAAUGAUAUAUGAUGAUCGUUAUCUCAUUUUUGGUCAAUCAUUUAACAAAUUCAGUGUUGCAAUAGUACCUAGAAUUUUACCUCAAUUCAUUCGAUAA